CGCGCGGAUAAAAAUCCACGGCAAUCAGCAGCACAGGACAAAAGUUUGGAGCAGCGCUAUGUAGAAGAACAUCCAGCGCAGAUUCUUUUUUUGUUUGCGAUCAGGCUGAGUCCCUUCAAUUUCACUGUGUCUGAAAGUGAGACGGGCUUCACCGAAGACGGGGGGGAAAUCAAUAUAAGGAGACCCAACGGAGGCGCUUGAAUCAAGGAAAGAAGUGCUGCGAGGAAGAAACACCGCGUCUCAAACUCUCACACACGCACCAACAACACAGCCGCGCCCGGAUCACAGCCUAUACAGCACAGCGCAACACCUGCUUUUCUGUUCUAGCAUGGCCAGUUCGAGUAAAGCCACUUUAAUCUUGCUCAUCUAUGGAAUCUUAAUGCACUACAGCGUCUUCUGCACACCUAUAGGACUAAGUUACCCUAAGAUCAGACUUGAAAACGACGCGUUCGAUGAGGAUGGGAACUCUCUGUCCGACAUGGGUUUUGACAGUGACCAGCUUGCUAUACGAAGCCCCCCGUCCUUAAACGACGACGCGUACAGCCUGUACUACCCGCCAGAAAAAAGUGACGACAACAGCAUGGAGGAAGAGUCAGAGCCUCUAUCCAAAAGACACUCGGAUGGGAUCUUCACCGACAGCUACAGCCGCUAUAGAAAGCAGAUGGCCGUGCAGAAAUACCUGGCAGCGGUUCUGGGUAGAAGGUACAGACAGAGAGUUAGGAACAAAGGACGCCGGCUCGCCUAUUUGUAGCUCCGUUAGAAGAAAGAAAGAAAGAAAGAAAGAAAGAAAGAAAGAAAGAAAGAAAGAAAGAAAGAAAGAAAGAAAGAAAGAAAGAAAGAAAAUAAUGAAUGAAAGAAAGGAAACAAGGAAAGAAGGAAACAAGGAAGGAAAGAAAAAGAAAGAAAAAGAAAGAAAGAAAAGAAAAAACAAAGAAAGAUAGAAAGACAAAGCGCCCAAAACUGCCUCCUGUGUAAAUACAUCCAGUCGUUAACUCAAAGUCAUUCAGAUAUAUCUGACCAACCAGUGGAUUGCGCCUGUGUCCUUUCAACAUGUAUUUAUGUAUGAAGUAAAGCCAUUAAAAUGAAUAUUUUAUUAAUAAUAUCGUUUUUUUUCUUUCCCCUUUUUGUACGAAUGCACUUGAUACCGCACAGUUCUAGCUACUUUGUGGACCAAUAUUUUAUUUCUCAUGUGGAGAUGUUGAAAACAAACAAAAAAAAAAAAACAUGACAAAAAAAGAUGAUGAUGAAAUCAGAAAAAAAAAAAAGAUAGAUGUGCACCUUCAACGUUUACGCGCUUGAAAUCUCUAAAGGUUCAUCCACAUAUGCAGAAAAUAAAUAGAUUUUCAAAAGACAAUCAAAGUAUUGAAUGUUACUACUUAUUUUUGUAGUCUAUUUUUUUAGUGUUGUUCGUGUUUUUUGUUUUCCAAACGCAGGCCCAAAGAAGUAGUGAGCAUGCCCUGUGAGGCGUAUCCAGUCUGAUCAUAAAUGAUAGAUGCUACCCAUUUUUUUUCCACGCUCCCUUUAAUGGGAGCUUUGUGGGUUUGGAGAGUUUCGCUGACCCUCCAGGGCAGGAAAGCGAGAUGGUUUCUGUUGGACAGCUUCUCAUCCAAUGGAUAUCUUGAUGAUUUACACAUCCAUCCACACUACUGGUGGGAAAAUGUACCCGGCUUGUGUAGAAAAUGUGGAUAUUUAGUCACACGUGUGCUUUUACAGGGGGAUUAUUGCCUUUACAGGAGAUCUGGUUGCAAAAAGCACUGCCUGCUUACCUGCCUCAAAGUCAUUUCACAGUAGGAGAUGAAUCGCUCUGUAUAGGAUUGUGCAAGAAACGUUUGAUCCUCAGUGUUGCAAGCCAACAGAAAUAUCUGGAGAAACUGCGCUUAAUCUGUUGAUUGUAUGCAGGUAGCAGAGAGAAAAAAAAACAACAGGAAAAGAAGCACAAAGGAAGCAUCAGAGUCCCAGAUGCUUAGAGAGGAUAUUUACCUUUUAUUUGGUGCAUGUGGAAACUGACACCUUGCUAAUUCUCGCUUAGAGACUGCAUGCCUAUGUGCUUUUAUUGCUAUUGUUGUGAAGUGGGCUGCGCCAAGCUCAUUUCCACACCCCUCCCCUCUGCUAUAUUGUGACAAAAAAUGUGAACAAGGAGAGCAGGAGGUGGUAGAUAAUGGAACUGCACUGACUUGUUGAAUCUUUACCUCCCCUGCCAGUGGAUGUGACAGAACGCUGAUUACUUUUUUGUCUUAUAGUAGCAGUUCUUUUUCAUUUUAGUCUAAAUGGCCUUUGCUGGAUUAGUGCUGUGCUUCAACUGUGGGCGAGAAGCUGAUCUGUGUUGGACAUCUACUGUGCAAUGAGAAAAAAAAAAGAGAAGAGAGAGUGUUAGGGUGAGAUGGAGAGAUGAGAGAAUGUAGAGGAAGAGGGGAGUGAAAGAGAGGUUGUAUAAGUAACCAGCCACAGCGCCGAAAGAGUCGGGGUGUGUGGAGACAGAAGAGAGGCGAGGGCCUCUUCUGUCUCAGUGAGAUCAGGGUCAAUGAGUCUGAUAAAGCAGAAUAUCAGAUGUUGAAUUCCCUUCACAGAGGCUUUCCUGCAGGAAGAUACGUUUUCCCUCUAAUGCCAGAACACAGCUGAUUGAAAUUCACCCCUUCCACCUAAAAGGGUAACAUCAUGGACUUAUUAUAAGGGAACUUUCCAAGUAUUUAUUCCCUAUCAUGCAAAUGCAGCUUUCUGUGCAUCCUUGCAAUCGAAUCAGCAGCCUAUCACCCCCCCCCCACCCCCCUCGAUAAAACAUAUCAAUACGCUCUUUCUCUAAUUUGGCUUUAAUCCACAGGCUUUGUGUGUAUGCAUGUAUGUGUGUAGCAAACACACGCGUAUGUGUAUUGUGAGUGACCGAAACGCGGACGUGGAGGUGGAAACAGCUUUCGGCUUUCGUGCCUUCCUUGGAUGUGAGAAACCUAAAAAAGAAAAAAAACUAAACAAAACGAACAAAAAAACAAAAAAACAAAACAAAGAAAAACUUUGCCACGAGUGACGGAUGGCAAUUUCAGUGGCCCUACGAUGCUGCAGUCCAUAAGCUUACAUUGAAACUUCCUUUUACCCUGUUUAAUUGCUCAGCUUAGUCUGCCCCAACGGUAGUAGAAUUAGGCUUUUGUUUUCACAGCAUGGCCCAUGAGUUAUUUUCAGUAUAAAAAAAAAAUAUAUAGUGUAGACAAGAACAGAAUGUACAUGUUGGUGGAGCAGGCAACAUGUGUGCGCGCGUGUGUGUGCGUGUGCGCGCGGACGAGCGUGAGUGUGUGCGCGUGUGUGUGCAUGAGCUUGGGUUGUUCAGUGUCAGUGAGUUUGUGGACAUUGACCAGUGUUUGUUAUUGUUGAUUAUGAGGUGUUGUUGAUUAUUUUGAUAUUGGUCGGUAACCUAUAUGAUUAGAAAAUAGCCCCUAUAUAUAUAUCCUUUACGACUCUGUGCAUCUCUAUCUCAAAUAAAUUUCAAAAAAGGGUCUAAGAGCAUAAUAACCGAGAUGUUGUUCAGAUCAUAGAAAAUGCCUGUUGUUGAUAGUUCUGACAGCGCCCAACGCCUUACUUCAAUGUUGAAACUCUUAUCUAUUUGAGAAUAUUGUGUUUUAGAAGUUAACCUCAGUGCAAAGUGGCAUCGUUAAACACACACGAGUCCUUCUAUGGGGUUUUUACGUUUCUCAAUGUCAUGAAAGUGUUGUAAGAUUUGUAUGAAUAAAUUUUUGUAAACAACAAAA